UCGCGGCCGCGGUGUCGUGCGGCGUUGCCUCAGCGGUGAUGCUAAUCACCGGGACGGUGCACCCUCCCGGCGGUGCUUCGGCCGUCAUCGCUGCCACUGUGCCCGUCUUCACGGAGAUGGGGUGGUUCUUCGUCGGGCUCGUCAUGUACGGGUGCACGCUGAUGCUAGCAGUUGCCUUAGUGCUGAAUAACAUCCAGAGGCAGUUUCCCCUGUAUUGGUGGACGCCGCUGGAUCUGCGCAAGGCCAAGGCGAAGGACGUGGAGACUUGGCCUGAUGCGAAAGGUGCUCUUGAACAGAGGAGGAAAAACGAGGACGAUGAUGAUGAGACGGUUGAGGGAAGUGAGGAUGGUCGGACGGAGAUUGGGGAGAAGCAAGGGGAGAUUAGCAUCUCGGCGUGUGGGGUCUUGGUUCCAAAGGACUUGUCGCUAAAUCAGGAGGAGACGAGAUUGCUAGAGAGCUUGCGGGACAGGUUAAGGAAGAGAAGGCAAGGGGAUGGAGGGGAAAGUGAGAGGAGUCUGGAGAUGGUGCAGAGUCGGGGCGCUGCGAGCGAUGGUAGUGAGUCGACUCUGGGGCCUUAGGGAGGGAAGGUGCUCCUGGUGAUUGUUGAGGUUUCCUUGUUUUAGCGUUUACGGCCUUUGGGAUGCUGUGCUUCCAUCUCUUUUCUUUUAAUUUUUACGAACCCCGUGGGGAUCGAGUCCGAUAUAUGGCUGCUGGCUGCUGCUGGGCUUAUCUGUAUCCACGAUGCCCGCGGAGAAUGGUUGUUUCCGGGGUUGGGGGACGAUAUGGUCAACGACCAAGGCAGAAGAACAAAAAGUAAUUCAUGGCCAAAGGAAAGAAUAAUUCGAAUGCAUAUUUUUCGAGUGUCGUAUCAAUUCUAUGAAGCAAUGAACGUGAGUCCUG